CCCCGCGGCGAGAGGUCUGUGCUGCUCCUCCCCAGUGCGUCUGUCAGUGACCCACCUUUCCCGUGGUUAGGAUGAUGACCAAAGCUUAACCCAUUGCAAGCCCCGAGGAAAAAAUAUUAGUAAUUCAGUGAUCUGUGAGUGAAUACCGCUGUUAUUUUUAAACCAGUGUUAAGAAUUCUGCCACAGUUUGAAAUAAGUUGAUUCAUUAUUUUUUUUUCGGUUUUCUAUAAAAUAUUUUUGGAUACUGUUGAUGAUGGAAAUUGCCCGUGUUAAUCUGCCAUGAUGGAUACCAGGACUUUGCUCUAUGCCGCGUGUGAGGAGUAAGAUGGAGAACCCGGCGUUCCUCGACAGCGACCAGUCCGUCUACGAGAGCGCGCGAGGGGCCCCACGCAACAUGUCCCAACGGCGACCACACCACCUCCCCGCCAUCCACCACGCCCACGCCCAUAAUGCUAGGCCAGUGGGCGUCCCACAACACAUUGCUCACGUUCACAACGGACGCGUGCUGGGCGUGACGGGCAUUCCAGGGAACGUGUUGCCUGGGGCUGUGGUGCAAGUGUCUGGAGGCCCCGUGUCCUCGCCAGCCCAGACACCAGGCCACACCACCACCUCAUCCCACUACCCUGAUCCUUCGCUGCCGCCCCUGUGCCCCGCCCACCUCGCCCCGCACUCCCACGUGCCUCACAGCGAGCCCAUGUACUCCUGCCAGGCUCCCCGUGGCCACGACCACGUCUACCAGUGUCCCGGUCAUCGCGGCGACCACCUAGACCACCGGGACCACGCUGACCCCCGUGAUCACUUGGACCACCGGGACAAUCACCGAGACCCUCGAGAUCACCACGUGGACCCACGAGACAUACGGGAGCACCUCGAUCACCGCGACCACCGUAUGGACUCCCGCGACCACCACGUGGACCCCCGCGACCAUGUAGAUCCCCGAGACCAUGUGGACCCCAGGGACCCACGUGACCCCAGGGACCACAGGGACCAUAGGGACCACCGGGACCCACGCGAACACAUGGACCCGCGUGAUCCUCGGUUGGACCCCCGCGAGCACCAGCUGGAUCCCCAUGAACACCGGCUGGACCCCGGACUGGACCAGCGGCCGGACUAUCACUACGGUGGCAGCGACUACUCCAGCACUGAGCCCAUCUACGCCCAGCCACACCUGUAUCCACGCGAAGGCGGCGCCGGCACACCCACUCUUAACUACAAUAACGCCCGCGGCUCGCUGAGGGCGGCAUCGGCUGCCUCCUCCCAUCUGUCCUCCGGAACCCCGGCCAAGUACCUCGUUCGGACCGACUCCUGCGGAAACUCCACAUCCUCUUCCAUUCUGCCAACUGUAUCCGCCCUGCUGGCCCGCGAGCCCACUCACACCCCGCCCACACCCGCCCAUAACACCACGCCUUCCCUCCGCUCCUCUGCGCGCCAUGGCAAGGGAGGAGCGACGCCCACACCCGCCAAACUGAAACGCCAAGGACUAUUUAGGGUAUGGAAGGUGAAGUUUAUGCGUGGCGAGGGUGGGAGGCGGCGGGUGUGCAUGGUGCUGACCGCCGUGGUGCUGCUGCUGUUGCUGGUGCUAGGCGCGCUGGCCACCGUCCUCUACCUCACGCUUGGCGGAGGACUGAGCGCCUUCGUCGGUGUGUCGCCGAAACUUAUUGUUACUGAGACAGGGAGCAGUGUGGUUGAGGGAGAGUUUAGGAUUACGAAUCAGAAUUUCUGGCCCGGCCUUGAGGACCCCACGUCUGAGGAGUACCGAACCAUGGCACAAUCUAUCGAGAACGAGCUGGACAUGUUAUUUCAAGCAUCAGUUUGGGCUCAUGAAUACAACCACAGCCAAGUCAUAUCCUUGUCAGAAGGUUCCCUAUUGGUUCGGGCCCAGCUGGUGCUCAAUACAGCUGAUGUGGCUGCUGCUCAGAAGCUAGGCACAGUUUUCCUACGAGGGCUCCACAACCGUCAUGGGCAUGAAUGGUUGGGGCAAUACUCAGUUGAUAUAACGUCCAUUAGGUUCACUGAGGUGUUGGUGGACACCCUACCUUCGUCCAGCACCCCACCACCAACCACUACUACCACCACCACCACAACUGCUAGUGGCAUGCAGGAGUCUUCCACAGUAGUCAUGGAAGCUUCUCAUCAUCUAGCAAACAUCAAUGUUGGUUGGGGAGAUUGGAGUCCAUGGUCUCCCUGCUCCCCAUGCUCCCCACAGUAUGACCAGAUCAGAACGCGGGAAUGUCGGCUGGAUGCAGGUCAAGGCUUGCUGGUGAACAGCAUUGAGCCCUGCCUGCCAUCAGGCCUUACUGGGCAUGGCUCAAGAGGAGACAUGGAGACUCGACCAUGCCAAUGCCACCGCACCACUGGUACCUCCUCAUCUUCCACCACCACAACCACCACUACCAGCUCAACUACAACCACCACCACCUCCACCACCACAAGCACCUCAAAACCCUGGAGAGAAGAACAACCACAGAAAGAAGAGAGACUGGAUGAAGUUGUCAAUGAGCAACUGUGUGACUCGUGCUUGCCUGGGGAGGUGUGUGUUGGACUUCAAGGAGAGCUGUAUCCUAUAUGUCGGCCUGCACGGGACUCAGGGGACAGGACUGGUUGUGGGGGGCUCUGUGCACUUGAAACUGAAGUGUGCCAGGCUCUUGGGUCCAGAGCCUUCCAGUGCCACAGUGCCUCUCUUUGUCUACAUGAUGAGUGGCGGUGUGCUGAUGGAUUAUGUAUCCCUUUCAUCAAGCGGUGUGAUGGACACAUGAACUGCUAUGACCAGAGUGAUGAGCAGCACUGCAGUUGUGGUCCAGAUAAGUUCCAGUGUGGCAACAAUACUUCAUGCCUCCCUGUAACCUCAAAAUGUGAUGGCAAAAUGGAUUGUUGGGAUGGUUCAGAUGAAGCCAACUGCACAACCUCAAAAGAAGUGUGCCCCAACCCUGACACUCAGUUUACUUGCCGCAGCAGUCAGUGUAUCCCCCAGUACCAAUUCUGCGACGGGUUGGCAGAUUGCAGGGAUGGGUCAGAUGAACCCUUCGGUUGCUCUGGACGGUGCCAAUCCAACGAGUACCAAUGCCGGAACAGGAGAUGCAUCCCAGCUACCCUCGUCUGUGAUGGUUGGGACUCGUGUGGCGACAACAGUGAUGAACAGAACUGCAAUUGGACUUUCAUCUCUCUCUCACCGGGAACGGGAGCUUCUCUCUUGAAUACAACUACUUCUAGUGCUUGGAGAGGGCUCAGUCCAGGGAAUACUUCUGCUGGAUCACAAGAACAGAGCACAACAAGAACUGACUAUAUAAGGCUCUUUCAUCUUAAGGGCAGAAACAAUUCAAAGUCAGUUAAUGUUGGUGCUUCUUUGGAUCCAAAAGACCCAAAUAAUACAUCUGUUUUGUACUUAACAGAACAGAGUGAAGACAUUCAUCCAACCCAAUCUCAAGUUGUCAGUGAGACUAGGACAGAGAGUGAUAAAGUGGAGAUAAAUAGGCAUGGUGUGAAUGACAGACCAGAGACUGUGACCCAGAAAACAGUUGCUCCUGUCCCAGUCAGGGACUGGAGACGAACUUUGCAAGUCAUGCCAAGAAUGGAGGAUUUUUUAAGUACUUGGCCAAAGUCAAAGCCAGUCUCCAUUCAUGAUCCUGUGUCUAGAACUUCUUACUCAAUGAUCCAUGAAGAAAAUAGCCAGUUUGAUGAUUCAGACAGUGCAGUCAGCAAUAUGGAUAUGCAGGGUAAUAGAAGAACCUCUCUUGGAUAAAGAAUAAAUAAUCCAGUUAACCAAGAGCAUGGCUAAUUAUACUACGUAUAUUAUCAAUAUGAGAAUGAAAAAGUUGUGUGUGUGUGUGUGUGUGUGUGUGUGUGUGUGUGUGUGUGUGUGUGUGUGUGUGUGUGUGUGUGUGUGUGUGUAUCAUCCAUUUUGUAAUGGACAGUUUUAUAUACCAAGUGAAAAUGGAUGUAUAUUCAAAUUGUCAAAGUCAAUUGCUAUUUUAGUAUAUUGGUGUUAUGAGAUGGAGAAAUAUAUUGCAUCACAAUGUUAACAUAUUGAUGUUGUGAGAGGAGUCCUUUUUGUAUAUCUAGUUGAGAAAUACCAAAGAUUGUAUGUAUAUUUUGUCCUGCCUAGGACCAUAUGAUGUUAUCUAGUCUGUAUGAAACUGUACUUAUCAUGUAUUAGUUGAGAGCCUUGGUUAAGGUUGCUGUGCUAUAUAUGAGAGAAAGAAAAAAAACUCUCUCUGCAGAUUUCCUCAUAUUGCAGUGAUAAUGCCAGAAAUGAUAGCUGAGUUUUCUCAGCUUUUUCAAAACUGGCACAGGGGGGUGUGUUCCUUGCUGUAACAAGUCCAUGCACCUUAUUGCAGGCCAUUCUUCCCACCAUUCAGAACACUGUGAAUAUGCUUGUUAUACUUUACUCUCCCAUCACUAACACAGAAUUGAAGGUUUUACUUCUGAUCAUAUCUCGUUUUAUGGGUUUUUGGGAUUUGGAGUUAGGAUGCAGUAUUGAAAAUAUAUAGCUUUAUUUCUUGUGAAAUAGUGCUGAAAAUGCAUUUAAUUAACAUCACUUAAAUUCAUAACAAGAAAAGAGAAAACAUUUUGUCAGUAAUGUCCUGAGAUCCAUCAGUCAAGUUCCAUAAGCCUUGUCCCCAGGGCUGAUUCAGGACAUUGUGCCUUCUUAGGAAAAAUACUUAAAAGUCAGGCUUAAAAAUUCAAUUGAUUUUCUUUUUAAUAAAUUACAAGUUGGUUUUGUUGUUUACUGCAGUAGUUUAAAAGCUAAAUAAAUAAACCAUUAUAAGAAAUUUCAACUAAUCCAGAAAUUAUAUCUAACAUACAGAAGCCCAUCCACUGCAUCAAGCCUCAUGAUUUCUUAUGAUCUAUUUUGUUAUUGCAUUAUCAUUCCUAUUUUCACUUAUGAAGCAAACACAGGUCCUCAUCAUUGACAGGCAGAUUCUGUUAUGACAUAUUUAAAUUAAACAAAAUAACAAUCUUAAGAUUUUUGAACAAAUUAACAUUGUCUAGUACAUCUGAAGGCACAAAUUGUCAUUUCUAAGAAUGGUAAAAUAUGUCUGUAAGCUGCACCAGUCUUUGUGUGUGGACAUAUCCUCAUUCCUUGGGACAAAUUCUUAAUUCUGCAUAAGUUUUGCUACCAAGUUAGAGAGCUUAUUUCUGUUGCUACAGUUGUUUUGACCAUUAUGGUAACUUUCACAUGGACUGUCACAGGCAAUGAUUCACCUAGGAUGAACUUCACAUAUGCCAAGAAUUUAUUUCCAUCCAGUGUAGUAUGCAUAUACCUAUCAUUUGCUAAAACUCUUAACUUUUUGCUAAACAAAAUUAGAAUGUGCAAUGCAUUAUUUUACAUAAAACAAUGUAAUCUUCAGUACCACAAUUUAGCUUCAUAAGUAGUGCACUUCUCGUCCAUUUUUUUGUUCACAUAUACAGUCUGUAUUUGUAUAGUCUUAUUGUUUAUUCCAGUGCUUCAUAUGAUACAUAUACUGCAAAUAAAGCUGAAAAUGCCUUUGUGUGGUUCUACAUGCUGAAUGAAAAGCAUUCACUAGUCCAUAUUUUUGCCUAGGUAGAUAAAAUAACUUUUGUAUACUUAUUCCAUAAAUAAACAUAUAACAAAAUUAUUACUUCCUAAUGGAUACCUUUUUUUUUCUUCUUUUUUUUUUCUCUUUCUUUUCUUUUGUUUUUCUUUACUUUUGGUUGAUAUACUAGCUUACGUUAUUGGCUGUCAUGCUGAGGUCUCAGUAAGUGAUAAUUCAUGUGACCUCACCAAUGCUUCGCCAUUGGCAAAUAUAUCAUCUAUCCCACAGCCAUCCUCCAAGUCAUUAUUAUUUUGCUUGAUCUUAGUCCACAUGUAAAUAUGGCUGCAUACAGUAAUGAAAAAUAUUGUAUUUUUAAGCUUAUGUGAUAUAUUUAUGUUGUACUACAUUUUGAAGUAUAAAAGUUUUGUAAUAAAUAAUAAACACAAAUCACAUAA